AUGCUCAAGGGCCCAGGCAAGACGUACACGCUUUGUAAAUCCAGUAUCUUUCAUUCAGAGCUUUGGCUGCUUUCAAAUAUCUCAGUCACCUCCAAGGGUGUCUCUGGAGGAGUGCUAGGCCUAGAAAUAGCCAUAAUAGCGAUAGCUCACCACCAUGAAUCUCAGGGGGAUUGCUAUAUUAGAGCUCUUACUAGCUUCAAACCUAAGCUUAACCAGGAAAACGGUGCUAUCAAGGCUUUACCGCUUCAUUGGAAUUGGUCCCACUGUUCUAACAUUCUCACUAGGGUGUACCUACCGAGUGGACGCGUUUCUGCCGCCUACGGCAUGUAUUCUGUUCUACAAAAGUGGGGACUGGGACCUGGAGGCCAGAAUGUACUGGCGUCCUACUCGGACGAGCUCAAUCUCACCGAGGAAACUGUGCCAAAAUAUUCUCAGUGGCGAUUCCCUUGA